CGGACAACUAGCUAGGUAGCGGCCGUUGGAAACAAAACCGGACUGAAGUUUUCAUGUUAACGUUAAACCUCGACCGUGUUUAAUUACCAACAUAGCUAGUUUUGACUGUUACCUUAUUUUAUCCAGACGUUGAGACUUUCGAGGUGAAGAUGGGAGUACCGAAAUUUUACCGAUGGAUUUCAGAGCGCUAUCCUUGUCUCAGUGAAGUUGUCAAGGAACAUCAGAUUCCAGAAUUUGACAAUCUCUAUCUCGACAUGAAUGGGAUUAUCCACCAAUGUUCCCACCCGAACGACGAGGAUGUCCACUUUCGCAUUUCUGAGGAAAAGAUUUUUGCAGACAUCUUCCAUUACCUGGAGGUGCUAUUCCGGAUCAUCAAGCCUCGCAAGGUCUUCUUCAUGGCGGUGGACGGUGUGGCACCAAGGGCAAAAAUGAACCAGCAGAGAGGACGGAGAUUCAGGUCCGCCAAAGAAGCAGAGGACAAGAUAAAAAAAGCUUUGGAUAAAGGAGAGGUGCUUCCCACAGAGGCUCGCUUUGACUCCAACUGUAUCACUCCUGGCACUGACUUCAUGGCAAGACUACAGGAGCAGCUCAAGUAUUUUGUCCACAACAAGCUCUCCACCGACAAGCUAUGGCAGAAUGUCAAAGUGUACCUGUCUGGUCAUGAGACCCCAGGCGAGGGAGAACAUAAGAUCAUGGAGUUUAUUCGCUCUGAAAACACCAACCCGGAUCACGACCCCAACACCCGACACUGCCUGUAUGGCCUGGAUGCUGACCUGAUAAUGUUGGGUUUAACCAGCCAUGAGCCAAACUUCUCCUUGCUCAGAGAGGAGGUCCGCUUUGGAGGAAAGAAAUCCCAGAAAAGGAUAACGGCUCCAGAGGAGACAACUUUUCACUUGCUUCACUUGUCUCUGAUGAGGGAGUACAUUGACUAUGAGUUCUCCGAGCUCAGGAAUCAUCUUGGUUCUGAAUAUGACUUGGAGCGAAUAAUAGAUGACUGGAUUCUAAUGGGCUUCCUUGUGGGAAACGAUUUCAUCCCUCACCUCCCUCAUCUUCACAUCAGUCACGAUGCUUUGCCGUUGCUGUACAAGACCUACAUCAGUGUUCUUCCCAGCCUGGGUGGUUAUCUGAAUGAGAACGGCCAUCUAAACCUCAGAAACUUUGAGAAAUACCUGGAGAAGCUUGCUGAGUUUGACCGGGAACAUUUUAGUGAGGUGUUUGUGGACCUGAAGUGGUUUGAGAGUAAAGUUGGCAACAAGUAUCUGAAUGAGGCGGCCGGAUUGGCUGCAGAAAAGGAGGCUGCCAGCAAAGACACAAAGAAGAAUGAGGAUAAUGCCCUCUGUCUGGCAGCUCUGACCUCAUCAGAAAGAGUGGUUGGAGAAGGAAAAGGAGCACUUGGAGACGAUGAGGACGAGGAGGACGAUAUGUUUGAAACAGAGUUCAGACAGUACAAGCGCACCUACUAUAUGACCAAGAUUGGGGUGGAUGUGGUAUCUGAUGAGUUCCUAGCCAAGCAGGCCAAGUGUUAUGUGGAAGGUAUCCAGUGGAUUCUCCAUUACUAUUACCACGGGGUUCAAUCCUGGAGCUGGUACUACCCCUACCACUACGCUCCCUUCCUGUCUGACAUCAGGAAUAUAUCUGGGUUAAAGCUGACCUUUGACCUUGGGAAACCCUUCAUGCCCUUUCAGCAGCUGUUGGCAGUCCUGCCUGCUGCUAGCAAGGAGCUGCUGCCUGAGGCUUACAGGCACCUGAUGACGAGUGAAAAUUCACCCAUAAUUGAGUACUACCCUCUUGACUUUAAAACGGACCUCAAUGGCAAGCAGCAGGAAUGGGAGGCUGUGGUUCUCAUUCCCUUCAUAGAUGAGAGGUGCUUACUAGCAGCCAUGGAGCCCUGUAAUCACAAGCUGACUAAAGAAGAGAAGGCCAGGAAUUGUCACACAGAGUGUGCCUGCUACUCAUAUGACCACGAAAUAGACUACACAUACAACUCCACCGUGCCUCACCUGUUCCCUGACAUCAUCCACUGCCAUGUCCGGAAAGCAAACAUCCCUAUGGAUGCCUGGCAUGUACCGUUGGACCACGCUAGAAGACCAGUCGACCGCUCAGCGCUGUACUUCUGUGGUUUCCCCACACUGCAACACAUAAAACACAAGUUUUUUAAGAAGAAGAGUGGCGUGGUCGUGUUUCAGCAGAGCAGCAGAGGGGAGAACACAAUACUGGAGAUCCUCCCCAGCGAGGAAGGAGAAGCGGUAUGUGAUGAUGUUGCUGUACUGGUACUGGGGAAGUCGGUGUUUGUCAACUGGCCGCAUCUAGAGGAAGCUCGCAUCAUUGCUGUGUCAGAUGGAGAAGUCAAUUUUUGUUUAGAUGAACCACCUGGUGUCCAAAGAGUGUAUGAUCAACCCUCCACCCCCCCUCCCACCAAAGUAACCUCUCUGUCUGACAAGGAGCAGAAGGAUUGGGUGAAGGAUGUCCAGGGAAUCACUGAACAUUUCAUGAAGAGGAAAGGCAUCGUGGUGAAUGAGACAUCUGUGGUUUUGUACGGCCAGUUGCUGACGGGAAGAAAGUACGUCCCCAAAGCCAACGGGGUGGUGGAACUAGAGAAACAGUGGUCGAAGCAGGUCCUCCCUUUCGCCUACCAGACCGUGGUUAAGGAUAUCAAGGCCUUUUACUCAUCUCUGACCAGCUUUAAGAGCUUAGACGAGCUCUUUCCUCCAGCAACCAAUGUCUUCAUGGUGGGGAACCCUUACUACGGUGCCAUGGGCGAGGUGCAGGAUUCUAGUGAUGUCAUUAAAGACGGUCGGGUACGGGUGGUCUUCAGCGUGCCACAAGAACCACAGCUUGAGACCUUAAUCCAGAAUCAGCAUAAGUACUGUGUGAAGUACAGUCCUGGAUACGUUCUGGCAUCUCGACUCGGCAUCAGCAGCUACCUUGUCUCCCGCUUCUCAGGAAGCAUCUUCAUUGGCAGAGGCUCUAAGAAGAAUCCUUGUGGGGAGCAAAGAGCUAACGUUGGCCUGAACCUGAAGUUCAACAAGAAGAAUGAGGAGGUUCCUGGAUACACAAAGAGAACGGAAAAGGAGUGGCUCUACUCUGUUGCUGUGGAGGAAUUGCUAGCUGAAUACCUGGACAGAUUUUCUGAAGUGUUCGACUUAGUGUCCAGAAACAGUCAUGAUGAUGUUUUCUAUGAAGAUGACAUUUGGCCUGGAUUUGACCAGAAUGGGGCGGAGAAGGUUGCAGAAAUCACUUCAUGGUUGAAAAGUCACCCAGUAAGCUCCAUCAGCAGGGCGUCAUGUGACCUACAAGUGCUAGACUCUGCCAUCGUGGAGAGGAUUGAGGAGGCAGUGGAGAAAACCAAGGUGAAGAAGAGCACGAAGAAAGUCCGUGUCACAGUCAAGCCUCACCUCCUCUUCAGGCCCUUAGAGCAGCAGCAGGGAGUGGUUCCAGACCCGGAAGCAGAGUAUCGCCUGUUUGACAGAGUGGUCAACAUCAGGGAGAGCUUCACCGUCCCACUGGGACUCAGAGGAACUAUCAUCGGCAUUAAAGGGGCGGAGCGGGAGGCAGAGGUUCUCUACGAAGUGCUUUUUGAUGAAGAAUUUGCUGGAGGUCUUAACAUCAGGUGUUCAUCACCUCGCGGUUACCGCCUCCCUCCCUGCGCUCUCAUUAACUUCUCCCACGGAGCCCGAAUGGAUCUCUCAUUUCACAAACUCACUGCCAUCGUCAAACCUCAGCCCUCCGCAGCCGCAAACUUCAGCUCUCAGCGCCAGCUGUCCGGCCUGAACCACUCUCCACGUUCACCCUUCAUACCGAUGCAGCAUAACAACAAACACAGCGGGGUGAAAGCAGCCUCCCAGGGCAACAGGAACUCUCCCACUAAAGGAAUCCAGAAACAACCGGCAAAGGGUAAAGAGGAGUACAGUAACGUGUGGCAGUCUCUGCAGAACUCGGCUGCUCCUCACAAACCUCCGGCUCACUGGCAUUCUAAUGAUGGAAAUCCCCAGCAGGGUGGAAACCAGCACUUCAAUAAAGCUGCCCCAGUUGGUGGCAUCAGACUGUUGAAGAAAAAUGAAGACGCCAACUCCCUUUUCCCCACAGCCAACACAGCCAAUAAGACUACAACUGAGUUUGAGGACCUGAUAGCCAGUCUCAAGAUCUCCAAAGGUAGCCAGCAGACCCCACCGCCUCCUGCUCCUCCACAAGUGCCCACCAGCCAGUCAGAUGGCCCGUUGUCUCCACAGUCCUUCGCCAUGAAGGGUACCCUGGUGUUGAAGGAAAUGCUAAAGAUUGACAGUCCAGGAACAGGAAGUCCCACGUCCCAGGAGACUCUUAACAGCGCUUCCUCCGGUGGCCGGCAGCAGAACAGGAGACGAUCGUCCAAGAAACUAGCCGCAGCAAUGAACGCCCCCCACGGCGAAACAGCUGUAUUAGCUCCUCCCACAUUGACCGCCUCUGCCAACCUCUCCAACACAAUGCUGACAAGUAAGGUGUCCGAGCUGGCGUGCGUCUGUGUGGGGUUAGGAAUGGCACCACCCGAGUUCAGCUUCAUAGGCAACAGACAGGGUGUAGUAGUAUGUCAGGUGAAGCUGUCCAAUGGGUUGAUGGUUCAUGGUCCACAGUGCCAAUCGGAAAAUGAUGCCAAGGAGAAAGCUGCCUUCUUUGCCCUCCAAAGACUGAACUCAGUGGGGUCGAGCUUCUCCCUCCCACCUCCUUUAUACCCAGGAGUGGGUCAGAUACGACCCCCACCCAUCAGAGGUAUGACCCCUGUCUUCAACCAACAAGGUGGAUUGAUGUUACCUCCCCAGGGUUACGCCCCUCCCCCUCUGUGGGGAAUGACGCUUUCCCCCCACCACCACCAAAACCAACCAUUCUUCAGCGCACCGGGAACCUUUCCCGGUGCUGCCCGCCCACCGCCUUCAACAACACUGCCCAUUGGCUCACACAACCAGUUUAUCCCAUUACAGGUGACUAAGAAGCGAGUCUCAGCCAACAAGAAGAACCAGGAAACUCGAGAGUUUUACAGCGCUGCCCACACUGUGUCCAGAAACCAAUCACAGAAAGCCCAGAACCAACUCUCUGGCCAAUCACAGGCUCAGAGCCGUAAAGUCGAGCAGCCACACCAACACAUUACCAACAGCAACCCCUCCUCUUCCAGUCCUGGUUUCGUAGACGGCGUUUCCACAACAACAGCUGGCCCGCACACGCCCCCUCGACAAAACCAGCCAGCAACAGGCCACACCCCCGGCUCCGCCUCCAAGAGGAAGCACAGAAAGCUGGCUGUCAACUUCGAGGCGGCUAAAGUCUCUGAGUGAUGAGCAGCUGUGUGAGUGACAGAGAGGGGAGAUAGAGUCGUACUUUGUUUAAGCUGCUGUUUUAAGCCUGACUCAGCAUCUCUGAUCAAACCCCUCAUCAACUUGAAAGUUUCUUUUCACUCAACGUUUCAGGGUAGAAGCAGCUUCAGCUGGGGCAAGGGAACUUUUUUUUGUUGUUUUGUCUAAUGUUACGCAUUAGGCAACUCAAAACACAACUCUGUAUCAGUCAUCAUCAAUCACACGACAGAGUUCCACUCUCCCUACACCUCUUCUCUGUCAAUGUAACAAAGUCUGCCAAACCUGGCUGUUGUAGUACAGUCCCCUGGAGAUGCUGCCUUCUUGCUCUUGUUUGUGGCCAGUGUGAGCCUACAGGUUUGCUGUACAGGUUGCGGCCAUAGCUUCUUCUUUCUUUUUUCUUCUUCCUGUAUUUCUUAGAAGAGGUUCAUUUCGUGAAUUCCUCUUCCUAACAGAAUUGAGUCAUGUCUUAUUUCUUUGAAUCAUAAUGUUGGCGCUCCAGUCCGCAAACUUAAAGGAAGUUUAUUACAGCUUGCCUAUUAUUUUUGUAGCUCUGGCUGUUCAUUCUGUCAGCUGUGUUAACUGGUUGCUGUGAUCACGGAAUUGGGGUAACAUUGGUCCAGCGGGGCAACAGAUACGAGCAGUUUGACGAUCAUAUUAAAGAAAUUCCACGUUAGUCAAAUGUAUCUGAAGGAGAAAACAAAAUGAUUACCCAAACUCUGUUAGAAACCUCCAUCCACAACCUUUUUGCUGUAGUGAGCGCACAUACAGUUUUGGUGUGCAGUGAGGGAUUAUGAGCGAAAUAUCAGAAGCGGUAGCCGGUCUGGUGGAACUGAGUUUGUGCACGGCCUGACCGCUUGUGUUUGUUGCCUCCUUUGAACUAUUUUCUGUGAUGUUGCUGUGUUCCAUGAUCUUAUCAGAUACUUGAUUACAAAGUUAUCAUAACUGACAGAACCACUGGCCCGAUCAACAAAAAUCAAACCCACGUUGUAAUGCAGUUUUCCUUCAACUGCGUGAGCAGCGAACUAAGUACAAAUUGGGAAAAACAAUCUUCUGACAAAAUGUUCUUACAAAAACAUAAUUCUAUCCUUUGAUUCACAUGUUCAAUGAGCUUGGUCCUAGCAGUGAAGAAGGUCUGGGGAAGUGAAACACUGCCAUUAAAAUAUGCAUUUUGAGGGAAAAUCUAUGUGGAAGAAAAAUAAAUGGAUACAGUAGCUAUAUACUAGUGCCACCAAAUCAAAUAAGUAUCUGAGAGGAAAACACAAAGACGUUUUUACAAAAUUUUCUGUUUGGGCAUUAAUGAAGCCUGUAAUAAUAAUUAGUAAUGUGUGUUAUUUCUCCCUGCCCCCCCUGUCAGUCUUAGCACCGUCCAUCUAUACUUCUUUAAAAAUGUUGCUAUGUAUGUUUACAGCCCAGAGGCAGGAGAGUUUUCACUGACAUUAGCUUCUGCUGUUGCCUUCGCUUUGGGAAGCACAGGAGGGCUCACGGCAACGUAGACUGAGAACAUACCGGAGGGCGGAUGUGCUUAACGUUUUGGAAAACCUCCUCAUUUACAUUUGGAUCUUGGUUCUCAGAGACAUGCGUCCAUGGUAGAAGCCCUCCUCAUAGUCUAGCCUCAGAUCUGCACUGCAGUGGCAGUUACUCCCUGCUUUUCCUAGUAAACGUAACACUAAGUCAUUUACAUACAUCUUUAGAAAGCUAGUUUGAAUUCAUAUGAUGCUGUGUUGUCCUUGCUUUGUUUUUUAGGGGGUUUUACUGUAUUAAUUAUGCAUAAAAACGAGCCUUCUAUAAUGACAAACUAAUACAGCCGCGUCGUCAGGUUUGGAUCAGUGGUGUUAAUCAGGCCAACAUUGAUUAUCUGUUUUAAUGUUUUCCUGUGUGUUGUGGUCUUUAAAUCCCAUCAAUAUUUAUAGCCUUUUUAUUUCUUUCAGACGUUUGAUGCCUUGCUGCAUUUUUAUACUUUUUGUAGAGUUUGUUAACAACACAGCCAAAGUAAAAAGUUGCCCCCAGCAAACACACACACCGACCGCACUUGAUGAUAUUGCCAGUGCAUGCAGAGCUGGUUCACACCAGCACAGAACCCAGAAUCAAAUAGUGUUCAAAUGACCAGAUUUGUCAAUUUUUAUUUUUGUAAACUGGAACUUGUGAAAAUGUCCAUUUUAAUUUGAUUGAUGCAGUCAAAUACUAAUCAGUCAUAUUUGUUGAGUUCUGUUGGACCUUACAGGUUACCCUUACACUGCCAGAUUCCAAAAGCAACUUGAUUUUUAAUUGAAUAGUGCCAGUAGAUUGUGGUUGAUUUUUACACGGGUGCAAAAAAAAUAUAGCUUUUUUUCAUUUCUAUUUUUUUUGCUUUAAAAAAAAAAAAAAAACUAUUAAGAUUAGACUUUUUUUUUUUCCUUAUGAAUAUGGUCACUCACACAGUUUAUAAUACUAUGCACUUUUGACAUCUUAAAUUGAAAUACAAACCAAUCAAUUAGGACUUUAUUUAGAAUUGAAGAGUUCUGACACAUGACUGAUGUCACAUACAGUAUAGUUUAUGUUUGUCCGAAGUUUUCAUUUCUAUGUGAAACUUGUGGUGUUAACAGUACUCUUCAGGGGUGCACAGCUGAUAAUUAUGAGCUUCCUUUGCAACUUAAUCAUUAUCAUCAGUUAUCUGAAGUGCAAAUAUCAUUAACGUACAGAGGUGACAUACGUACAUAACGGUUGAAAAUAGGCUAUUUUUGUAUCUGUGUAAAUGCAACCCUAACAGCAUAGUAACUGUGUUGUAUGGUGAGUACUCAUAUAUUUAAAACACUUAUAUUUGCAUUAUGUGCCCACUAAAUUGAGUCUCUCUUACAUGCUUAUGAGGAGGUUCUUCCAAUUUUCUGUUGGUGGAUUUCUCAAGCUGUUUGGCUAUUUUAAGUUCGCUUUAUUGUACUACUCUAUACACAUCUGGAAUUAACUCACACAAGAACACAUACAGAUGUCUCCAUUUUAAGGAACUGUUUUUUUUUCUUUUUCAAGCCAUGGAUUUUAUGGAAACCCUUUUUAUAUAGACUUUGUCUUGGGGUCAUUUCUAAGCAAUCUGAAUAAUGAUUGUUUCAAUAAUGUUUGUUGUGGAGCUCCAUUGAUGGAAGCAGCUGUAGCGACUAGUAAAGUGUAUUUGUUUUGAGGGAGACAUGCAUACAGUGUUUGUUGUUUUAAGGCUCAUAUCCUUAUGCCGGCCUCGGAACUCAAGUCUGUAAGGCUCUGGUGCAAUAAGGGGAGGUUUCUGGACAUUUAAGCACACCUGUUGUGUAUCCGUUUGGUUUUUGGAUAUGAAACGAAGUAGAGAAUUCUCGAUAAUAAGACAUAAUGACUUGCUGUUUUGAUUCAGGAAUGUGCUGUACAUAUCAAUUUAAUUAAAGUGCAUCUUUUGUUA